AUGUCUAAAUCUUCAGCGGUUCCACCCAAACCUGAGCCCUCAUCCUCACGUUCCCGAGCGCUUACAAAGAAAGUCAAGUCGAAGCCGAUUGUCAGUGAUGACAAUGAAGAAAUUGAGCAAUCGUUCGCAACCAUCAUCAGCAAUCGUGCCCAAUGGGCACAUCAUCGAUAUAAACCCCUCAAUCUCCCCGCCGAUCUGCGCGAUCUCCAGAAUGCUGAGGUCAAGGCCAAAGCAAUUCAUGCUGCCCGAAACCACUUGUUAGGCAUAUUUCGUUAUCGCCUCCGUACCAACCCCUACAACUUCACCUUUGGCUCAAUUAAUACACGUGCCCUAAACAAGAAAGCGGCAGACUUGAUUGCCAGAGACCUAAUACGCAAUGGCAUCAAAUCGACAUUGCCUGACUUUAUGAUCCCAAUCCUGAUCAAGAAGUCCUUCAUCCAGCUCCCCACAGACGAUCUUGUCACCAUUGCCACUGAUGAUCGAUCGAUCGACCAGCACCCGAUCCUGUGUCUCACCGAUGAAGGAGCCAAGGCAGGUGCUGCAGGUAUGAUUCCCAUCCUCAAUGGGCGCCAUCGUUGGGAGGCCAUGAAGAUGGCCUUUCAGAUCUGCAACGAUGAGAUCCCGAAACUCGAGACGGAGCUGGCAUCGUGGGAGAAGCAAUCAACAGCCAACCCACACAACAUGCAGCUGAAGGAUUCUGCAGAUGAAUGUCGCAGUGCUUUGAAGCAGCGAAAAUCGUUUUUGGACAAAUAUGAUGACAGAUGGCUCGUCAUUGUCUAUGACCAAGAAACCAUUGAGAAGGAACCAGUUGAAGGGUCCCUUGUCGUCCAUUCCCUCUCCCGCAACACUGACACCACCUCAGUUGAGGAAUCUGUCAGCGAUCAACUCCAAUACUGGGCCCAGAUCGCUGUCGGUGAACAGACCCUCUUGGAGGAAUCCAAACCCGCAUUCUCUCAGCACUGGAGUGCUGCGAAACAACCUUCGCCAAAAGGCUCUCGCCUUCCCAAGCCCCCCAUCGCUGAUUGGCUCAAGAGAGAUGUAAGGAUCAACUCACAGUACCGUCAACUCCUUCUCGACGAAGAGAUGCAGGAGAUAUGUCAGAUCAUGGUCAGCGGUGGAGAACAUUUUCGCCAACAAAAAGGGCUGUUCUCAGUUUCUGCCUUGAUGAAAGUCUGUGGGACAUAUGCAGGCAUGAUGAUGGCAGACAUGGAACGUCUGCGUCUCGUGUUCUCCCCUAGCAAGGCCGAUGGGGAUCCAGAUGUGAUCCCAUACAAUAAGAUCAAUACACAUCGUGAGCAAAUGUUCAAAAUGAUGAUGGCAAACGAAGUCCCAUAUCCGAGGGAGGUCAAGCAGGCCAUCACAACGUUCAAGGAGAAGCAGUCUACAGCAUCCGCGCUGUUCAUGGCUGCUAUCCUUCCUGAAAUGCCUCUGGGGGACUGGAGGCUGAUCGAUAACGAAUUUCUGACAGCUGCAGCAAGGAUCCACAAGCGAUUCUUCGGCGGGCUCGAUGUCUUUAUGACCGCAUCGGAGGAGUAUGAGAAGGCGUACGUCGGAUAUUACAAGGACCUGAUGGCCCUUUUCGAGAAGCUUGUCAUACCGCAGGUACGUUCUGGUGGUAUCCCUGGGCUGAACACAGAACACUGUGACCUGGUGAUGAACCGGGCGAAGCUAUUUUAUGGUGGACUGGAUGAUUAUUAUGUCCCAGUCACGACGAACACCAUGGCAGAGUGGUAUGAUAAAGCAUUGCGGCCUCACAGAGAGGCCCUUCGGGAGAUCCACUCUUGGUUUGAUGGCGUUUCCCGAUAUAUGGUCCCUGGAAAAAAACGCCCCUUCCGUGAUGAGUCUGUUGGCGUCCUCUAUGCCAUCAACAUCGAUCCUCUCCUUCGUGCAACCAAGAAGACUCAUCGUGAUCUUGCAUGGAUGAUAUAUACUCGUAUCCGUCCGCAUCUCUCUGCCGCUCACUCUGACCUCCUAUAUGCUCAAGCUUUCUCUCCCACCAUCGAUCAUGAUGUUGCUUUGUUCCCUGAUGCCUCUGUCAAGCGCUUCCAUGCAUUCCAUGAGGAUGGCACUGCAAAGCUCAUCCUAAAGUCUGCCUCCAGGAAGGCCGAUGUCGAUGAUGUUGGCGAUGAUCAUGAUGACCUUGAUGAUCAAGGCCCCGUCACUGCCAAUCCAGAAGGCCCAUCCACCCUUCCCUCCAAAAAAACCCGCACUCGCUCAAGCACUCGCCCACAUCCUCCUGAUCCCACGUCGAGGAAACCUGUUCCCAUCGUCGAGGCCAACCUUGUCCCCUCCCACCGCAUCCCUGGCUUCUUGGGCACCUCUCCCUUCGACCUCACCUGGGCUGCUGAAAAGGAUCUCAAUGCCACCAUCCUCAAGUAUGUCUCCAUAGCUGGUGACUAUAAUACAGGUGGUGAUCCUGGUGAUGCUCUUCGUCUUCGCCUGAACGACAACAAUAAGUCCAUUCCUGGCUAUGUCUUGGUCACUGGUUGGGCAUAUGAGCCAGCUGCUAAUAAAAAGAACAUCUCUCGCAAUUCCCGCAGCCUCCGUAUCGCAGCCUAUUUGGCCAGCAUCAUGGCCUCCACUUAUCGUCGUGAAUUGCUCACCGAAACUGCCUGGUCCUUCUUCAGGAGGGACCUUCGCUCCAUCCUCUCUGGUGCUUUACGCCAUGAAAAACAUCAAUACAUUUUUCUUGAUCGAGUGCAAGAGGUUCUACCGAGUGCUUCUCCCACCAUAGAGGCCUACCUCAGCGCCAAUCCGAACCUCAGUCAUGCAUUCCUUUUAAAUGGCCAGCAUGAUCGUGCAGUGAUCACUGCCAUCUUCAAGCGCCUCAUUUCCCUUCCCUUGCUCCAUCGUGAGCGAGGCGAUCCAGACUCUCCGCUCGAUGCUGAGGUUCUCAAGACUCUGAAUCUCCUCAACGAGGCAAGUAUCCUUUGUUUGUUUCAACUCCACCUCUGUUCCUUCGCCUCCAGAUUGCGUGAUGCAGGCUAUCAGGGGGCUGUCUACCAGUCUGAUGUCACUGCACUCGAUGAAGGACAGGUUCUUGCUGGUGCCAAAACUUGGAAGGGCCAGGCCAAGAACGUCAAGCAUUUGUGGACUACACGCAAUCCCAAGAAGGACCCAAUCAAAUUUCCAGAUUGGAUCGUCAAGGAGGACUCUUUGGACGACAGCAUCAAGGCUGUCAUCUCCAAGCGCAUCGGAGAUGCAGUCAAAUUGGACCAACCAGCAGUCACAGGAGUCCUAGAGCCUUCUUCAUCCUCAAGCAAGGGCAAGAGACGAGCUGAGCCGUUGAGCGUUUCCCCAAAAAGCUACCGCUCAGCUAAGAAGAGCCGCACCCAGAAGAGCACCCAAGAGCAUGAUGAUGAUAUCAUGUUUGACAACCCACCCACCAUGAUGGACGAGGAAGCAAGUGAUCACAGCGAUGUGGAAGAGUCCACCACACAUGAUUCACAGCACUCACAGGAACUGGCAGUCCCAGAGGCUCCUGUUCGUCGAUCUGGACGCGUGAAGGGGCAACAUCGUCCUGACUCGGAUUCACAAUCAUGGAAAAGAUUCCCUCCGACGCAGCCAAGCCGUUCACAUGUUGGGAAGUAUCAUGACGAGGAGGAAGAUGAGGAAGAAGAGGACAAGGAUGAUGAGGAAGAGGAAGAGGACGAGGACGAGGAUGAUGAGGACGAGGACAAGGACAAGGAUGAGGAUGAGGAUGAGGACGAGGAUGAGGAUGAAGAUGAGGACAAGGACAAGGACAAGGAAGAGGACGAGGACAGGGAUGGGGAUGGGGACGAUGACAAGGAGGAUGAGGAGGCAGACAAUGAUGCUGGGCAGGGUGAUCAAGAGUUGCAGGCAAAGCGUGGCAGGAUCGAAUUUGAUGACCACAACACUCCACCUCCCAUCUCUCCAACACAGCCGACGACUCCCCCCCACGACCUCCUCAAAGACAAACCCGAGGGAUGCAGAGGCUUCUGCAAGAAACUGCAGCCACAGCUGGCAGCAGUCGAAGCGUAA